AUGGAGUGCAAAAGACAAUCUGAACUGGAACUUCUAGCCAAACUUGAGGAAAAAAAUCGAGCUCUUUUUUCAGAUGCUAAAGUCGUUCCAUCUUUACAUACUCGUCGACGAGAAGGUUCUUUAUCAAGUAGCAUUUCCACUGGAUCUGGGCAGGAUGAUACACGAAGCAAUGGAACAUCUUCGCUGCAGCUUAAUGGUCAUGCAACACAUGGGUCGUCGAAAUCGAGUAACACUUCUGGAGUCUCGAUUCCUUUAAUGAUUGGUUGGACUGCUGGAGCACCAAUUAGCAGUUCUAUUCGUGAACAGUGGGACUACGUAAUAAAUAAUUGGGAUCAAUGUUCGAAAAAGAAAUCCUAUGUUUCUGAUCUUAUUAAAAAAGGUGUUCCUGAUGAAUUUCGUCCAUUAAUUUGGCAACUAUACUGUGGAGCUUAUGAUUCAGCUGUUAAAAAACAUUAUCAUAAUUAUUUGUUAGUUAAUUCACCGGUUGAAAAAGCUAUCCGACGUGAUAUUGCACGUACAUUUCCUAAACAUGAUUUAUUUAAAGAUGAAAACGGUUGUGGUCAAGAAAGCUUAUUCCGUGUAAUCAAAGCGUAUUCAAUUCAUGACCCAGAAGUGGGCUAUUGUCAAGGCUCCGCAUUUAUUGUUGGAUUAUUAUUAAUGCAGAUGCCUGAACUUAAUGCAUUCGCUGUACUUGUUCAAUUAAUGAAUGAUUAUCGACUUCGUGAAAUGUAUAAACCAUCUAUGAUGGAACUUGGCGUUUGUAUGUACCAGUUAGAACAAUUAAUUGCUGAUAAUUUACCCGAAUUGUAUACGCAUUUUCGUACACAAUCAUUUGCACCAAGUUUAUAUGCAUCAGCAUGGUUUUUGACAUUGUUCUCUACUAUUCUACCUAUACCAUGUGCUACACGUGUUAUGGAUUUUUAUAUUGUUGAGGGACUUCAAUUCAUAUUUAAAUUGGCUUUAUCAAUAUUGAAAUUUUCUGCAGACAAUUUGUUAAGAUGUGAUAUGGAGUCAAUGGUUGCAUUCCUUCAACAUGAAGGACCAUUAGCGUGGGAUAAACAUUCGAAUACUAUAUUUGAAAAUGCUUGUUCGCUUAAAUUGAAUACAAAAAAGAUGAAAAAAUUAGCGAAAGAAUACAUGACAAUGCGUAGUCAAGAACGAGAAGAACAAAUUGAAUUACGUCGUCUUCGUACUGAAAAUGGAUUAUUAUUACAACGUUUAGCCCGUUUAGAAGAGGAAAGUGGAGUAAUGGCUGAUCGUUUAGUUAAAUGUCAAUUGAUUCGAGCACAAGAAGCUGAAACUACCAUUGCAUUACGUUGUGAAUUAUCUAUAUUAAGACGUGAAUAUGCUAAUUUAAAUUCUAAUUCUCAUUUAAUAACUAAUGAAUUUUCAUUGAAUAAUAAUACUAAUAAAAGUAUUGAAAAUAAUGAUGAACAAGAUAAAUUAUUAUUGAAAUCAACCACAAUCAAUCAUGAUGAUUUACUGCCAACAAAUGAAAAGAUAAUAAAUACCACUGUUUCUAAUACAAAUACAACAAUCUCUAUGGAUAAGCCAACAAUCACAAAUAUAUCUAACCCAAAUCAGAAUUAUACCAAUAAUGAUACAAUACAUCAAUCACUUGUUAAUGGUUUCUCAUCACCUACUUAUAAUAUUCAGAAUGACUAUACUACUAAUAAUACUAAUACUACUACUAAUAAUAAUAAUACUUGUUCUUCUUCUUCUUCUUCAUUACAUGAACAACAAUUAAAUAAUUCAUAUGAUUUUUGUACAUUACCAAGAUCAAGAAAUCGUGAUUAUCAAAUAAAAGGUGGUAAUCAUUAUAAUGAAAUGAAAAAUGAUGAAUUAUUAUCAACUACUAUGAAUCAAUUACAAACAGAUUUAAUGAAUUCACGUUUCAAUGAAGCGGAUACUAAAAAAAUAUUACAUGAAUUACGAUGUAAAUUACAUGAAUUAGAAGAGUCAAAAUCGGAUCAAUCACUUCGAUCAGCUGAACAAAUUGCUGUAUUAAAAGAUGAAUUAUUUGGUGCAAAACUUCGAGAAACAGAAUUAAUAAAUCAAGUAGAAGAGUUAAAAAGAAGAUUUGAUGAUUUGAAUUCACUUUGGCAGGCACAUAUUGGAAAAUGUAAAGGUGUUAACAAUGAUACAAAACGUUCUUCACUUUGGAUUGGUUCUUUAAACUCACUGGAUUCACAUGAAACGAAUUUUAAGAUGAAAUUUUCUGACCGACUACUGGAAACACGAUUCGUCAAUCAAAUCAGUAGUUUAAAACAACAGAUUACUGAUUUAACUGUACAACAAGAAUUAUCUGAUCGUCGAGCUGAUCGUUUAGAUAAACGUGUCACUGAACUACUUGAAUCACGUACAGCAUUUCAAACAAGAGAACGUGAAUUAACACUGGAAUUAAAGCAAUUAGAACAGAAAUGUGCUGAUAUAGAAGCGAAGCGUAAAGCCGAUGGUGUUAUGUGGCGUAGUCGUGAAAUGGAAUUUAAAACUCAACUAGCUGAACGUAAACAAGGUUAUUUACAAUUGGAAUAUCAAUAUGAAAGUCUACUGACAUCACAACGUCUUCAAUCGAAAACCGAUAAUCAUGAAUUGAUGCUUAGAAAAUCAUCAUUGGAUUCUGAUAAAAUAUUAGAAAUGACUAAUAACACUAAUAGUAACACUGAACAUAAUAGUAGUAAUAAUGCUAAUCGUUUUACCCUUGGUAGUUAUUUAAAAUUUACUCAACCAAAUCCUCCAUCUGAUCCAUCAAAUUCUACUGUAUCUACACCAAAAUCAACAAUCGAUAACAAAAUAGUGAAUUAUGAUCAAUCAUAUUGUCCUAUCAAUGGUGAAUUAUAUUCAAUGUGGAAAGAUUUACCACCAGCUGUUAUGACUGAGUCAAUUGGUCCAUUAGAAGAUCUUUGUCUUAUACCAGAUGAUCCAAUGAUUACAAGUGUUUACUUAAAUUCAUCUUCAUCAGCAACGUCAACUACAACAACAACGACAACAUCUCCACCGUCAACUCCACCAUCUAUUAUAUCGAAUAAUCAUUUCUAGUCGUUAUUAUGCUUGUACGCUUUCAUGAUACUUCUU